CUCCAUAAUAAUACUAGCGAUCCAAGCUGGAAAUACACCCGGUCAUUUGUGAUGGACAGAAAUUUCAAAGCCGAACAUCUGCAUCCCAUUAAGCCAUUCGAUGAAGUUUGGCUAGUCCAAUGGGCUUGGAUUUCAUCUGGAGUCCACGGUAUCGGGGGAGUUGCCUGUGCCAGACACGGUUGCUUUGUCCCUCACUCCAUGGUGGAUUUUCAGAAAGGCAAAAGACAAAUGAACAUGGACUACGCCCUUUGCGAGGCUUCCCGGCACAACAUGGAAGGCAUCACCAGGGCUGUCACCUUCUAUGAUAUUAAUUGUCAAUACAACAAACACUUUCGGGUUCGGGUGGAUCGAAGUCGAUUUCUAGAAAUGGCACCACAACUAACCAUCAUUCCCGGAAUUGGGUUAUGGCACAUUCAUGGCCAUCAGGACAGCUGCUAUGUCCGAUAUGCUUCUAACUUUAUUGAAGGCAUGACUCUAUGGGCACGGCUCAAUCUGAUCUCCCCUGCUGCUCGGGGAAUAAAGUGGAAAGCAUUUGACAGACUCGAUGAAGCAGCACCCUUACAUUUGAAGACAGAAUGGUUAGCCAGGGAGAGGAUAGCUCAGUCAAGCAGAUUGAAUGAUCCUUCAGCGAUGGAUGAAUAUGAGAUCAAUAUCAAAAAGGCACCUAGCAAAAAGGAGAUUGAGCUUAGAUUGUUAGAGGAGGGUAACGCCCGCAAUGCAGCACCCUCUCGAGAUCUGAUCGGAAGAAGAUCCACCGAGACACAGAGAUUAGACAUCGCCCGCCAGAUAGAUGGAUUUGCUCGGUCUGCUCUAACACAUCUCGGGGAGGGAUUUGAUGCAGAUGAUGAACCUGAGGACUUGAACGUAGACAUUCUAGAUGAUCUCGAUGAUGACCCGGCGGAUUUCACAGAGACAUCUCAUACAUGGACAAACUCUCCCGAGCUCACUGUAAUCCCGUUGCCAUCAAACCUGGGUGUUGAUAGAUGCAGACGAUGCAUGGCAGAGGAUCUGAUUCCCCUGGAGAUGUCUCUUCGUGAAGGGCAGGCCAAUGAUGCCCUUCACAAUCUCCGCAUUUACCUUUGCAACAAGGCCAUCCUGUUCCGAACAACCGUUCGGCAGGCCAAAUCCCAGGCCCUGAAAACUCGAGCUUGGUCCCAGGUGACGUCGGUGCAGCAGGCAGUCUCCCUCCAUGCCAGCAUAUAUACAAAGACCAGGAAGCAAAUGAUGAAACUUGAGCCGGGGCAAGACCAGCUUCAGAAAUACAAACCCCUGCUUCGCGAGCAACUCAAAAUCAGCACUGCAGUGGGCGACCCAAAUGCCCGAGGUCAACGAAAUGAAUCUUUGGCUUGGUUUUGGUCUGUUGAAGUCGACCUCGGGGGUCCUGAUCAAUCGUGGAAUGAGGAAUGUGAGUUCCUGCUUGCAUGUCAUAUCCCACGGUUACCUGACUGGACCCAUGCCAAGUUUACCGAGUCCAUUGGCUGCGGGCAAAGGCACUACGAGAUCGAUGGAGGGAAGAAAUGAUAUUGGUCAAAUUGGAGAUGGAUUGGACAUGUAAGUUCUUUUUGUGGAAAGCAACCCAAUGGGGCGACCACAUGCAGGAAUCAUUGGAGAAACGCCUUCCGGGUCACGGAUGCUAUGCCGGAAGGCAAUCGCGAAUGUAUUCAUUGCUCGCACAGGAUGCGCAGGCAGCUUUUCAAGACCUACAAAACGUGUUGAUAGAGGCUGGAGAUGAAUGAACA